UGCGGGCGCCAGGCGGCCCCGGGGAGGCGCUCGCGCCGUCGGCCCGGGCUCCGCGAGGCGACGAGGCGGCAGGUAAGCGGCGAUAGAGCGGGCAGACGGGACCCGGAGAGGAGCGGUCCUCCGGGCGACCGGCGAAGGACGGGCCGCGGGUACGCCCGGCAAGGACGGAGGGCCGGACCUUUGUCCCCUGGGCCCGCGAGCUGGUCCUGCGACGCCCUCUGACCCCGGCUGCGUUCGGGCCUGAGGAGCGAUGCGACAGGCAUGAUGGAAGUCGAGUCCUCCUACUCAGACUUCAUCUCCUGUGACCGGACAGGCCGUCGGAAUGCAGUCCCUGACAUCCAGGGUGACUCGGAGGCCGUGAGCGUGCGGAAGCUAGCUGGAGACAUGGGCGAGCUCGCACUUGAGGGGGCAGAAGGACAGGCAGAGGGAAGUACCCCAGACAAGGAAGCCAGCAGCCAGCCGGAGAGCAGUGACGCCAACGCCUCGUCCUGAGUCUGCCUGUGGUCCUCACAGGCUGAGAGAGACCUGCUGUACCUCCUGCACUGGAGCCCUGGCCAGCCAGGCUGACUGAGAGCCUCAUGGAGUCCUCUGUGGCCCCUGCUCCAGUAAAGUCCUCCACUCACACCACAGGCUCCUCUUCCCCACCUCCCACGGUGCCCAGGCUGCCCAGGCGCACUUCAGAGACACGAGCACCAUGAGGUGUUAUUUCUUCAGCUGGGCGGGGCUCGAGCCAGGCCCUGCCCCUAGGUGAGCGGUGUCACCUGGACAGGGAUGUCCCGCCACCACUCACCCCUCCAGCCAGCCCCCUCUAGCCAGCCGUCCGUUGAGAAGAUCUUCCUAGCCCUUUUUUAAAGCCUCUUUUACAUUUUUUAAAAACAUAACUUUUUCAGAGAGAGAGAGGGGAGCGGACAAUCACUUUUUUUCUGUUUUGGUUUUUGGUUGGUUUUUUUUUUUUUUCUUUUUUUGAAAGACAUUUUAAGCUCAGUUCUGAUGAUCUAUGCAGCUCUAAGUUCCCUCACAGAGCCUCACAGAUCCAGUUUUGGGAAAGGAUUUGGACUCAAAACUAACUGACCAAUUCUUUGCCCUUUGUACCAAGAGACUGAUACUUAGACCUAGGAAAUAAAUGCUGGUGAUUUGUGUGA